GCCUGCCUCCGCCUACCUCCCCAACUCCAAGUACCCCGCGGCUCCUCUUCCCUUUCGCUCCUCCAUUCUUCCUUUCCACUCCUCCUUCCUUUCCCUUCCUCUUGUCCAAAACCCUAAACCCUACUCCUCGACGGGUUCGGCCGAUCGGCGGCGCGUCCCUCGCCCGGUGAGCCCUCCGCCUCACUCCAGACGCUCCUCUGUUUAUUUUUUCCCUUUCUGGGGGAUCCGUUUGACGCAGGUUCUACUUGAAACGGCAUGACCUUUGUCUUCCCACUGGGAAGGUGAGAAGCAACCAAGUAUGGCUUCAAGGGCGAUCGUUAGGAGAAGGAAGCAUCUUUUGGAUCAUGUUAACACACCGAUCCUAUCGUCUGCCUUCUCUACCUUCCAGCAUGGGACAUCUGGUUUUGAGGUUAAGCCAAGAACAGCGCAACAGUUUCUUGGGCAACAUGCUGGUGACUCGAAAUCUGAGGAGAAGGAGCAGUGCAGUGUGAAUUUGACAAAAGGGGGUCUGCCAGGUCUUAGUAAUGUGUUUCCGCAACGCCCAGCUCAUGUGAUUUCUCUUUAUGGCCAUGGAAUUGGAAGGAAUGAAUUCACGUUACCUUUGGGAGCUAGAGGUUUAUUGCAUUCAGUCCGCAGAGCAUCAACUGCAACUGCUGGGCAACCUAAGUUGGAUAUUGAGGAAGAACAGAGUGAGGAUCAGAAGCAUAAAAGGAAAAAAGAGGCAUCCCCAGAAGAAUGUGAUCAGGCUGUGGAAGGCUUAAGCACGGCAAAAGCUAAAGCCAAAGCCAAGCAGGUGCAAGAAUCUCUAAAGGCUAGCCAAUCAAUUGUACAAAAAUUCUGGGCAAGGCUUCUGGGUGUUGGCCCUGCUCUCCGAGCUGUUGCUUCAAUGAGCAGAGCUGAUUGGGCUGUAAAGCUGAAGCAUUGGAAGGAUGAAUUUAUUUCUACACUGCAGCAUUACUGGUUAGGAACAAAGCUACUCUGGGCAGAUGUAAGGAUUUCAUCAAGAUUGCUGGUGAAACUUGCUGGUGGAAAGAGCCUCUCAAGGAGAGAAAGGCAGCAACUCACCCGUACAACAGCAGAUAUCUUCAGGCUGGUACCUGUUGCUGUGUUCAUCGUUGUUCCGUUCAUGGAAUUUUUACUGCCUGUCUUUCUCAAGUUGUUUCCAAAUAUGCUGCCAUCAACUUUCCAAGACAAGAUGAAAGAAGAGGAAACUUUAAAGAGGAAACUGAAAGCUAGGAUUGAGUAUGCAAAGUUUUUGCAAGAUACUGCAAAAGAAAUGGCAAAGGAAGUUCAAACAUCACGUAGUGGAGAAACAAAGCAGACAGCUGAAGAUUUAGAUGAUUUUUUGAACAAGGUUAGGAAAGGUGAACGUGUGUCAAAUGACGAAAUCUUGAGCUUCGCGAAACUGUUUAAUGAUGAACUGACUUUGGAUAACAUGAGCAGACCACGCUUGGUAAAUAUGUGCAAAUAUAUGGGCAUUCGACCUUUUGGUACAGACCAUUACUUGAGGUUCAUGCUACGCAAAAAAUUACACGACAUUAAGAAUGAUGAUAAGAUGAUUCAAGCUGAGGGUGUAGAAUCUCUUUCUGAAGAGGAGCUUCGGCAAGCCUGCCGUGAACGUGGUCACCUAGGCCUGCUGUCAACUGAAGAAAUGCGUCAACAGCUACGGGACUGGUUGGAUCUCUCGCUGAAUCAUGCUAUGCCAUCUUCUCUUCUCAUACUUUCAAGAGCUUUCACCGUAUCUGGGAAAAUGAAACCUGAGGAGGCUGUUGUAGCAACAUUGUCUUCUCUACCAGAUGAAGUUGUGGAUACAGUUGGGACAGUAUUGCCGUCUGAAGAUUCAGUUUCUGAGAGGAGGAGAAAACUGGAAUUCCUUGAAAUGCAGGAAGAACUAAUCAAGGAGGAAGAGAAGAGGAAAGAGAAAGAAGAAAAGGCAAAGCAAAAGAAGGAAGAGAAGGUAAAGCUCAAAGAACCGGAGGCUGCAGAAGAAGAUUUGGCUUUGAAGGAAAUGACUGAGCCUACUGCUAGGGAGGAAGAAGAGCUGAGAAAAGGAAAAGAGCAUGACAAAGAGCAUCUCUGUAAUAUCAGUCGAGCAUUGGCUGUGCUAUCAUCUGCAUCGUCUGUUAGCAAGGAGCGUCAAGAAUUCCUGAGCCUUGUCAACAAGGAGAUAGAACUUUAUAACUCCAUGCUUGAAAAAGAAGGCACAGAGGGUGAAGAAGAAGCUAAGAGGGCAUAUAUGGCUGCUAGAGAGGAGUCGGAGGAUACUGAUGAUGUCACCGCAAAAGAAGAGGUGUCGUCAGCGCUGAUUGAGAAGGUUGAUGCUAUGCUUCAGGAAUUGGAAAAGGAGAUUGAUGAUGUGGAUGCACAAAUUGGGAACCGUUGGCAACUUCUUGAUAGGGAUCAUGAUGGCAAGGUGACUCCUGAGGAGGUAGCAGCGGCGGCUGCUUAUCUGAAGGAUACCAUAGGGAAGGAAGGCGUCCAAGAGCUUAUCAGCAAACUUUCUAAAGACAAAGAAGGGAAGAUCCGUGUGGAAGACAUUGUGAAGCUGGCUUCUCAAACAGACGAAAACAAUGAAGAGCAAGAAGAAUCACGGCAGUAGUGGGAUACGACAUUCGGAAUUUUUUCGGCCAGUUGAGAUGGACACCUUAUUAUUAGUUUAGGCAGGACCGUUCAAAUAUAGCAGCUAUUUCAUGGCAGCGCCACGUGCAGAUCAAAAGGCAAGACAGCCAUUUUUUUUCCGCCUCUUGUGCUUUACUUUGAUACGAGGAUCAGCGAUUGGCAAGGAAAACUUGCUGUAGAGUUGAUGGCAUGCAUAUAAUUAGGUUCAGUGUUGGGGACCGACUGGUACAAGGCAACCAUGAUUUCAACAGGUUGCUACGGUGGUGGAAAUACAGAUCGGUUGGACUUUUGACGUUGACAUUUGUUACCAAUGUGUACCUAGCCAUUUAUCUCCAGCUUCACUGUUAAAGUA